GCGAAAUGUCACUGAAAGAUGAGAGAGAAUCUCCCACAUCUCACUAAAACUUCAGCGAUAUCUUGAACACCCAAAAUGGAUUUCCGGCGAUACCCACGCCGGAAUCCUCAAAAUUCAUCCUACGACACUAGCUACAAUAAGGAACGGUACCCUUCAUCAACCAAAUACUAUUCUAAGCAAUGCUAUUCUGGAUACAGUAAUCAAGGAUGCGGUCUCCAUGGAGCCGGUGAGGAUACAAUUGCAGCUGGGAAUCAACACCAAUAUUUCAAUCAAGAUUGGUACCCUAAAGGAGAAGUAUGGAACCCAGACCACUCGGUGAGGGAACGACAGGUCUGGGAUACGAACUUUACUGGACGACGAGUACAAUACCAUAGAACUUGUCAGAUUCGGAACAAACAACCUGAAUGGCAUUCAGGAACUUUGCUGAAGGAACGUCAGGAUCUGAAAAGGUAUUCCACCGCCUUUCCAAAUCAAACCCACACUCUCUACGCAGAGAAGCCAGAGAGCUCCUGGUGCACAGUCCAUCACAAACGCAGGGGUUUCUUCAAUCACCGCUCAACCUCACACCAACACCCCUAUCCAGAAAUAACAUGGUCAGUUCGUAACUCUAAUCGAUAUAAAUUAUUAUAUUUGGAUGAGGAGCCAGCUAUACCAUCUCAACACACACAUGCUAAAGACCACCAACAUCAUCCGUACAAUCGAUCUACCUGCUAUCGAAGUUACAAAGAAAAACCAAAAUGCCAAAUCCCAAAAUUUGACCGUCAUAGAUCGGUCCGAGACGGCCCUAAUCACCGGUCAAAAGGACACGGUCAUUCUCAAUCUGCUCUCUUAUCCCCUACUGUAACCGGCGAUAUUGUCCGGGGAAGGGCGACAUCCCCACAAUCACUGAUACCUUCAUUUGCGCCAGAGGAUACGACUGCGGACCUUGUUACAGUAACGCCCAAUACAACUUGACCAGUGGGAAGAACGGCGGCCGGUAAGCAGGCAGCUGCUACAACGACAGAUUCAAUCGCUAAAACUGUUUCAGUGGGGUCCUUAGCGGUGGUUGCAGAUUGGAGAAGCCAGAACACCCAUCCUCCUCAGGGCCAGGCCCUGCGACCGACAACCUGUAUGACGUUGAGACCCAAAGGCCAGGAUCCCUCCAAAUUGUCACAUGGGCAGACGUGGUCAGGUCCAAUACGGACCCAGAAGAAAUAAUGACUGCCUCCCCAAAUGAUUUAUCCGAAAAAUGAAAUGAAACGUUAUCACAUGGGCAGACGUGGUAAGGUCCAAUACAGACCCAGAAGAAAUGAGAACCGUUAUAUGGGAUAUCCAAAUAAUGAAAUGAGAACGCAAUACAUUAAUGGAUAUUGUUUUUUUGGAAUAAAAUGACUUAUAUUAAA